GCGUGUAUGUAGCAGCAAGCAAACACCAGAGGGACGACCCAAGCUCCAAAAAUGAGGACCUCCAUCCAUGGCUGCUCUCUUCAGCCAAGCAUGUGCGCCGGCCGACGGCAGCCCUCCUCGGUCUCCGCGAGCGCCACUUCUCUCCCUCGUCAGAUCAUAUCGGCUGCAAAGGAGCUUCACCAGCAGUUUGCUUUGAGAAUUGGGGAUGCAUCAUCAAACGCUCUCAAUUAUGCCUCCCAAAGGCUGCUGGAUGCAUUUGUGGGCACCAUCUUCACGUUAAGUCGCCAACCUUUACGGCCCACCGAGGGUAAUUUUGCACCCGUCAAAGAGAUCGGCGACAUGCGAGAGAUAUUUGAUAUCGCGGGAGAGAUUCCAGAAGAUUUUCCAGAGGGUGUUUAUAUAAGAAAUGGUUCAAACCCUCUCUUUGGAGCCCUCCACUCGUCAACCUCAAUCUUUGGCAAGUCCCAUGACAUUUGGGUCGAAGGAGAAGGCAUGCUCCACGCCUUGUACUUCACCAAGAGCAAAAACAACACAUGGUUGAUCAAGUACACCAACCGCUACGUGCAAUCCGAUACAUUUAGGGUUGAGAAAGGACUGAAGAAACCAUGCUUCCUCCCUGCCAGCGACGGUGACCCUCUUGCGAUGCUCAUAGCGGAUACCCUUAAUAUUUUGAGGUUCGGAAAGGCUUUCAAGAACAUGAGCAACACCAGCGUGUUUGAGCAUGCUGGGAGAGUCUUCUCAGCAGCAGAAAAUGAUAACCCCCAUGAGAUUGACCUAUGUAGUCUUGGCACACUGGGUAGCUGGAAUGUUGAUGGAGGAUGGAAGAUGCCAUUCACUGCGCACCCCAAGGUAAUCCCUGGAACAGGAGAGUUGGUCAUCUUUGGGUUCAACCUGGAUGCGCCUUUUCUAACGGUUGGAGUUGUCUCAGCCGACGGGAACAAACUACAGCAGAAGGUUGCUCUCGAGUUAGACAGAUGCACAUAUUGUCAUGAAAUAGGAGUCACUACAAUGUACAACAUUAUUUUAGAUUCUCCACUUACAAUCAACAAGGAAAGGUUGCUCAAAGGUGCUCCGCUGAUUGAAUUCGAGAAGGAUAGCUAUGCAAGAAUAGGUGUCAUGCCCCGUUAUGGUGAUGCAAACUCGACAGCAUGGUUUUACGUACAACCAUUUUGCACGAUCCAUCUUGUCAACUGCUUUGAAGAAGAAGAUGAGGUCGUUGUGAGGGGAUUUCAUGUGCCAGGUUCUAUCAUUUUGGGGCCAAGGAUCAAAUGCAAUCAAGGACUAACCGAGGAAUGUUUUUCUCGCUUGUAUGAGUGGAGACUGAACUUGAAAACAAGGGCAGUUGUAGGCAAAUACUUAACUGGAAAAGAGGUUGCCCUGGAAUUCCCAGUAAUGAAUGACAAAUAUGUUGGCUUGCCUCACAAGUAUGCAUAUGCUCAAGUGGCAGAUUCUCCUGCAAAUUUGGCAGGUGGUCCAGGAAUAGUACGACCGAAAUUCGGAGGUUUUGCAAAAUUUUGUCUUCAUGAGAAAGAGGAUGCAACCACCAAGAACAAAGGCCAAGAGGACCACAUAAAGGUUAAGUAUCAUCACCUUGCUAGAAAUCAAUUCUGCUCUGGAGCAACUUUUGUGCCAAAGGUCAAUGGUACAAACGAAGAUGACGGUUGGAUAGUUUCGUUUGUGCAUGAUGAGGGGACAAAUAAAUCAAAAGUGCACAUCAUCAACACACAAACAUUUGAGUAUGAUCCUAUUGCUAAGAUAACAUUGCCGCAAAGAGUGCCAUAUGGUUUUCAUGGAGCAUUUGUAUCAAAAAUGACUUUAAGGCGACACUAUGGUUUUCAUAGAAGACUUGUAUCAAAAGCUGCAUAACAAAGUGACAAUUUCUCCUAUAAGCAUCUAUAUCAGUGUAAACUCCGAAAGACCCCUCGAUAGAGGGUUGCAACUAGCUCACAUAGGUUUGGGGCCUCGAAGUGGAGGUAAAGCCCUAAUCAUGCUCGUAUUGUAUUGUGUGAUGAUAGGGGUGUACAAGGUGCAAGCAUGUAUCGAGUGAUAGAUUGUAAGAUGUUUAUGGACUAGCCCUCCCCUUGAUUAUAAAGGUGUCGGGGGUCUAUGAUUUACAGGAAUCCUAACCGACCUAAGAAACAUGGAGAAUCCAUAUGCCAGCCUACCCAUAUGAGCACCGCAGGGAGACUGGACUAGCACAUCAUCUUGAGAUUGAUGAAGUCUCAUCGACGGGGAUGUCUCCUCUCACUGAAUGCACAUUGCCAGAAGGCCUGAAAUAAGUUCAGAAAAAAUGCAAGCACUAGUGUCAAGUCUAGGACUUGAAUCCUGGUGGGCCGAGGAUAAGUAAAUCCAGGAAUAAUGUGAGCAUCAGGACUUGAACCCUGGUGGCUUGGGAUACCACCAUCCCUCUAACCACCAAACCACAGGUUGGUUUGCGAUGAACUUUUAUAAUAGAUUUGAUCUUUCUGCAAAGAAAAAGGAAA